AUGGUGCCUUUGACCAAGAGUCUGCUUUCCCUGUCUGGUCGGAGCAUUCGUCAAAUUGUAACAAGACGAGCUCACCAUAAAACUGGUCCUGACUUUCAUGGCGAGUAUGGAAACGCUAUCCUUGUGGGAGGAUUCGCAUUCUGUGUUGCGGUCUGGAGUUAUGUUGCAACGCUGACUGGGCUUACAUGGAACGUGUUUCCUAUUGGCAAGGUCACCCCUCAAAAUUGGAGGGAAGUCUUACAUGCCGCAGUCUAUGGUAUUAAUCUGUGGGAAAUGGGCAUCACAGUGUGGGCACAGUUCACAAAGGAAGCAGCCAGCGGUAAUGGCUAA